CGUGACAUUAGUCAUAGCCCACAGCUCAGCAGGGACAUGCGUUUAUCGCGUGAAUUGAACAAGACAUGAAGUGUCUAAAAUAAAUGUGCACAGUUCAGUUGAAUGAUGAAGUUUACUUUGCACAAAAUUAACUAACUGUACACUGAAACAAAAUAACCAGAACAUUAACAAUAACUGAUAGAGCUCGUGGUUUAUCUGUCCAUCAGAUGCGCUCGAUCAGCCACUGAUCUAUGCUCGGGACGUUUCUUUUAUCAUUAUCACUGGCUGAUAGAAAUGUUUAAAAAAAAAAAAAAAGUAUUUUAGAUGGAAAUAAGAUCAGCGCUCAAAAUUGUGGACAAGCCAGGUCCACCGUAAAAUAACCUCUGAAUCGGUUUUUUGAACUGGUUCAUUAAAACUAUCUAUCCGAUUUAGGAAACUAAUCAGAAUUCUAAUCACUUUUAGCGAGCAUGAGGGAGGUGAAUGGUGCUUCUCAAACGGAAGGCUGCAUCCUAAAAUUCAGAUGAUUUCAGUACGGACUCGUUUUCUUUCAGUUUAUUUUCGUGAAUUUAAAUGUGUGCAGCAUUCGUAGCAUUCCGUUUGAGAGGCACCCAUAGAUAAGCUUUGUUGAACUGAAAAAGGCUCUGAAUGAGGAGUCGAUUCCUCUUGAUGGAAUCGAUUCCAACGUUUGGAAUCGACUCUCAAUUCCCAACGCCUCGGAAUCGAGGAAUCGAUUCUUUUUGGAAUCGAUUCCCAGCCCUACGUUUACAGCCAUACAGGAAAUUCACCUACUGCCUGACUUCUUUUUAGUGUAAAUAACUAUUACUUAGACACUGAGCAAAAACUAUUUUAUAGCUACUACAAAUGUAAAAUGCAAGACAUUAACAUUUUUUUAAAUUAAUAAAAAUAUUUAGUUGUAUUAUUAUACUCGGGCAAUAUUUUAGGACGCAUUCUUCAUCUGAGGUCCUUUCACGGUCGCGUCAGAGUGAGUUUAAAUUUUUUUUUUACAGUCUAUGGUUUAACCGCUGAUCUGAGGUCUGCGUUUGUGUUUCCCCUCUAAUAGUGAAUAUAAGGGUUUGGUCACCCAAGCUGAUCUGAGACAAACCUAUUAGACCGCCCUUAAGAUGGCAGCCUCCGUCAGAUAUUUACUGAAACCUUGGACACCGAGUCUGUGUUUGGUGAGGUGGAGUCGGUAUAAUCCAUACUAUCUGGAUCCCGAUCCCAGUAAAGAUGCUCGUGUCCCAGAAUCAGAGCUCAGUCCUGAAGAUAAAGAGCUGCAGGAACUGAAAACAGUGAGACCGAUAAAAGCAGCGCUGGCAAGCGACACCAGCUCUGCUUUCAAAGACCCUCUGAUCAGCAAGUUCAUCAACAUGAUGAUGCAAGAUGGCAACAAAAUCCUUGCUAGAGGAAUCAUGACAGAGACGCUGGAGACCAUAAAGAGAAAACAGGUGGAGAAAUACCACAAAUCUCCAGCAGCUAAGAGAGAAGAGAUCGAGUGUAAUCCAUACACCGUCUUCCAUCAGGCCCUAGAGAACUGCAAACCCAUCAUUGGCCUGGCCAGUGUUCAGAAAGGAGGCAAAUCUUAUCAGGUGCCCGUCCCUCUCACGGAUAAUCGGCGGCGUUUUCUGGCCAUGAAAUGGAUUAUCACAGAAUGCAGAGACAACAAGCACCGUCGCACACACAUGUACGAGAAACUCUCGCAGGAGCUGCUGGCCGCCUUCGCUAACGAAGGAAAUGUAGUGAAACGCAAACACGACCUUCACAAGAUGGCCGAAGCCAACAGGGCAUAUGCACACUACCGCUGGUGGUAGAGAGAGGACGUUUGGACUCCUAGUUCACCCACAGACGUGAUUUGUUUUGGACUGACAGCAUCAGGAGUUUGGGAUGGAUGGGCAUCA